CAAGUUGCAGUACUUGUGUGUAUUACUCUGAAAACAACCUCUCUGGACUCUGUGCCCUCCACUUUGCCCCCACUGCUACUUCACAAAGUAAACUCUUUAACUUGUUUCACUACUCAUUAUCCAUCCCCAACGAACACUAUAAAACUGGACCCAGUCACGCUUACAGUUUUGUCAAACCAACGUUCCAUAAAUUAUGUCCUUUCAUUUUGCCCCAUAAAUUCAUGAUUUUAUUUCCCUUUCUACUAAAUCUGAAAAAGGAAAAAACAUAACUAAAUUUACUUCAAAUAUUUUCUUCCAUACAAAUUUACGACCAAAUCAUAAUAUACCAAAAAGGCGAGCUAGGGCCAUGGACCUGAUCCCGGGGAUACCUAAUGAAAUAGCUCUUGAAUGUCUCAUACGUCUACCUGUUGAUCAAUUUUCUAAAGCAGCUUCAGUAUGCAAAAAAUGGAACGGCGAGAUCACGUUGCCGGAGUUUCGCCGCCGGCGGAAAGUUUCUGGGUUGACCCGAACCGUUUUCGCCAUGGUACAAUCUAUGGUUGCUACUGUGAAAAAACCAGAGGGUGAUACUGCACUUUUUUCUACUCAGGUUUACCGGCUCUCUGUAUGUGACCCGGAAAACGGCUCCUGGUAUGAUUUGCCGCCGAUACCGGAGUUGAUUGAUGGAUUGCCGAGGUUUUGCCGGAUUGUUGGAGUCGGGUCGGAUUUAGUAGUGAUUGGCGGGUGUGAUCCGGAUACUUGGCGGGUUAUGGAUUGUGUUUUCGUUUACAAUUUCAUAUCCGGGUCAUGGCGUCGUGGGGCGGAUAUGCCAGGUCAGCAGAGGUCAUUCUUCGGAUGUGCAUCGGAUUCCAAUAGAAUGAUCGUCGUCGCCGGUGGCCAUGACGACGAAAAGAAUGCGAUGAAAUCGGCGCUCUCAUACGACGUCGUUAAAGACGAGUGGAUUACACUUCCUGACAUGGUCAUGGAGAGAGACGAAUGUAAGGUUGUAUUUCACAAAGGUAAAUUCCACGUCAUCGGCGGUUAUCCUACGUGGGCGCAAGGUCACUUUGAGAAUGAUGCUGAGGUGUUCGACACCGCCACGUGGCAGUGGCAACUGGAAGAUGACUUCUUGAGUGUGAUCAACACUUCUCCUCAUAGUUGCAUUGAAGGUGAUGAUGGGAAAUUAUACAUGUGCCGAGGCGGUGACGUGGCAGUGAAGGAAGAUCCUACGUGGCGGAAGUUGACGAGGUUGCCAGCAGGGAUUACUAGCGUGGCAUAUUUGACAGCGUGUCAAGGGAAGUUGAUAUUGGUGGGAAGGGGCCAAUUUGAUGAACUAUAUAGUAUUUAUGCUUUGGAUUUGGAUGUGGAGAGUGAUGGCAAAGUGAAAAAAUGGACAAAAGUAGAAACUUCUGAUGAAUAUAGUGGUCAUGUUCAAUAUGGUUGUUGUUUGGAAAUAUGACAAAAAUCAGUACUUAGUUUUAAGAAUGAGAGUGUUUUUUUGUCCUUUUAAUUUCCUUUCUAAGAUACUCAAUUAUUCUGGCAUGAUUGCUCUAAUUUUUAGCAUGUACAGUUGUGUAUUGUGUUUCAAGUUUUGAAUUGGUUUACUAUCUG